CAGAAGUGACACACCGUUUACUGUUCAGUUUCAGUUCCUUUUUAAUUUAUUUUUUAUAAAGUUUUGGCCAAACCGCAACAAGCAGCGCGUCGAGUGAAAUUAGAGCCAUUUAGGGAAGAACGAAAUCAAACGAAACAAACGUAGAAAACAUGGAAUCCUGCGAGCCGAUGAACGACCCCCAGGAGGGAGCUUCCUCCUCGAUGCCCCAGCGCUGUAUCAGUUACGUGGCGAUGAAGGCCCUGGACGAGAUGCGACUCAGCGACACACUGUGCGACGCCACCAUCACCCAGGGUGAUUUCACCUUCCGGGUGCAUCGGGCGAUUCUGAGUUCCUGCAGCGACUACUUUCGGACGCUGUUCACGACGGCGGUUCCGAGUGAGAAGGACCACAUUUCGAUAGCGGGCAUCCGGGGGAUCAUCAUGGGGCGGGUGAUCAAGUAUGCCUAUCUGCGGGAGUGCGAGGUAUCGGAGGGGGAUAUGUUUGAAAUGUACGCCGCAGCGGACUAUCUCGGGAUGGGAGGGCUCCAGGAGCGGAUCAUAGAGUUCAUCAAGAGUGUCCUGCGAACGCACAACUGCAUUGUGAUAAUGAUGUACGGUAGACAGCGUGGGUGCACGCAGUUGUAUGAUUACGCGAGAAAUUACGUGCUGAAGAACUUCGUGGAGGUCGCCCGAAGGUGUCACGAUCUGGUGAACUUGGACGUGGAUGAUCUGUAUGGCAUACUGAGCGAUGAGCUGCUCAACGUGAAAGAUGAGGAGCCGGUGUGGGAGUGUUGCGUUCGGUGGAUCGAUAUGGAUCCGCCAAACAGGGCGAAACAUGUGGCGCGACUGAUGAGAGCCGUUCGGUUGGGUUUGCUGAGAACUCAAUACUUUCUGGAGCGGGUCAAGGAAAAUCCCUACGUGACAUACUAUGACGAGUCCAAGCCAAUCAUCAUCGAAACGCUGACGUUCCUUUACGAUCUGGAUAUGGUUAACACCAAACGGAGUAAGGUUAAAACUCCUUCCCUGGCAUUACCCCGACUACCGUAUGACAUAAUAUUCACCUUCGGUGGAUGGAGUGAAGGUCUGCCGCAAUCCAUCAUUGAAACCUAUGACACGCGCGCCGACAGAUGGGUGAAAAUCUUUACCCAGAGUCGAACUGAGCCGCGGGCCUAUUACGGGGCUGCGGUGAUUGGGAGUAACGUUUACUUCAUCGGAGGCUACGAUGGAGUGGAACACUUCAACACCUGUCGGCGGUUCGAUACGGUUGGGAAGGAGUGGAUGGAAAUCGCCCCGAUGCAUUGCCGGCGGUGCUACGUGAGUGUGGUUGAGCUCGAUGGGCUUAUCUACGCCAUGGGAGGAUACGAUGGGCACAAUCGCCAAAAUACGGUCGAAGCGUACAAUCCAAGGACUAACCAAUGGACCAUGGUUGCCCCGAUGUCCCAACUACGAUCGGAUGCCGAUGCAUGCACUCUCGAAGGGAAGAUUUACAUCACCGGUGGCUUCAAUGGGCAGGAAUGUAUGAACUCGGCGGAGGUUUACGAUCCACACGAAAACACCUGGACGCGUCUGCCGAACAUGCUGAACCGCAGAUCCGGAGUUUCCUGUAUCGCACACAAGGGAACCGUGAACGUGAUUGGAGGUUUUAACGGCCUGAUUCGAAUGAACAGCUGUGAGCGGUAUGACCCGACUAGCCAACGAUGGCAAGCUUUCAAGGAAAUGUAUCACCAGCGCAGCAACUUUGGACUGGAGGUAAUCGACGAUAUGAUAUUCGCCAUAGGCGGCUACGAUGGGGUUAGUGCCAUCUCGAACACCGAGUGUUACGCGCUGGAAACAAACGAAUGGCUGGAGGCUACCGAUCUCAACCUGAUGCGGUCCGCCUUCAAAGCCGUCAUCAUAUCGGGUCUCCCGAACAUCCGCGAUUACAUACACAAGGAUCGUGACAGUCUCAUGGCCGAACGGAGACAGAGGAUGUCCAGUGCGGAGCGCGAAGGGGGUUUCGACGCGUCCGAGUCAGCGAGUACUAUGAACGAAGUCGACUGAAAUUGCUUUUGCUGCGAGUACUCCAAAUUAUUGCAAUGAACGAAAAAAUUAAAGCCUGUGGGAAAUACAAAGAAACAUCGUAC